UCACGUGUUACACCCGCUGACUGUGAAAGUGAAACCAAGAGUUAAACUUCAACAUCGGUUUGUUCAUUCGGUAGAAGACCACAGAGAGACUUGUUAGACGUCCCUUUACUUAAUCUAUGUAAGAUUUACAUGUACAAUAUCAGGAAUCCACAACCUGUAUAUAACUACGGAAGUAAAGCAAAACGUUGAGCAUGGAUAAGCCAGUUUGCCUCAUUGACACAGAGUCAGAUGGGAAGCUGUGUGUACAGCAGUCAGCGCUGGAGAUCCUGCUGAAGAUCGAGCAGCCGGUGGUGGUGGUGGCUGUGGUCGGUCUCUAUCGCACCGGGAAAUCCUACCUGAUGAAUCGACUGGCCGGAAAACAAACAGGGUUUGCAUUAGGCAGCACGAUUGAGUCCAAGACGAAGGGCAUCUGGAUGUGGUGUGUGCCACACCCCAAACAAAAAGAAACCACUCUGGUGCUGCUGGACACUGAGGGACUCGGAGACGUCGACAAGGGAGACUCAAAGCAUGAUACCAAGAUUUUCUCUUUGGCUGUUCUUUUGAGUAGCACUAUAGUCCUGAACAGCAGAGGAACUAUUGACAACAGGGCCAUAGAGGAACUGCAAUAUGUCACUGAACUAACCGAGUACAUUAAGAUCAAAUCACCUGAUGAAGUUGUAGAUGAUUCAGAGUUUGUGAAGUUCUUCCCCAGUUUUAUUUGGGCUGUGAGGGACUUUACUCUACAGCUGAACAUCAAUGGCAAAGACACAACAGAGGAUGAAUAUCUGGAGUUUGCUCUGAAACUAAAAUUAGGUACAUCGCCUCAAGUGAAUAAUUACAACCUUCCAAGAGAGUGCAUUCGGAAAUAUUUCCCAUCACGAAAAUGUUUCACCUUCCCGUUCCCGACCAACCCAGAGAAUGUAUCAUAUCUAGAGACACUGGACCAAGCUGAGAUAUCAAAACAUUUCUUGGUGGUCGCCGAUCAUUUCUGCCAGUUCAUAUUUAAUCACAGCCAAGUGAAACAUCUGAAAGAUGGACACAAGGUCACUGGUAGAGUUUUGGGACAUCUUGCGAAAACAUAUGUGGACACCAUCUCUAGUGGGGCUGUGCCAUGUUUGGAGAACGCUGUGAUCGCUAUGGCCAUGAUUGAGAAUGAGGGUGCAUUGCAGGAGGGACUUGAUGUCUACAAGAGUGGAAUGGAGAAGCUGAGGAACUCUUUCCCUCUGGAACUGAAUGAAAUCAAUGCUGAACAUCAGUGUUUUAAUCUCAUGGCUACACAAACCUUCAUGAAACGCUGCUUUAGGGACAAUGAUGGGAAGUACUUGACAUCUUUAGAGGAAGCCAUCAAUCAUGAGUUUGAUAGAUAUCUCUUGGACAAUGAGACAGCUUCUGAGGGAAAAUGUGAAUGUAUUAUAUCAUGUCUCUCUGAACAAAUGACCGAAAGAAUCACUGGAGGAUACUAUGCAAGACCAGGAGGUUAUGAUCUCUUCUGUCGGGACCUGGAGGACAUUGUGAUUCAGUACAACACACAGGCCAAUAAAGAAGUCAAGAGUGCUGAGGUGUUGGAGAAGUUUUUACAGGAAAAGGCGACCAUUACAACAUCCAUCCUGCAGGCUGAUAAUAAACUAACUGAAAAUGAAAGAAGGAUUUGUGAGGAGAGAGAGAGGGCAGUCCUUCUGGAACAAGAAAUUAAGGCCCAGGAAGAGAAGCAACGUCAUCUGGAGGAGAAGAUGGAAAUUGAACGACAGAAUAAUGAAGAGAGAAUGAGACAGGUCAAACAGAUGAUGGAAGAUGAGAUGUUUCUCCAAAAACAAGAGACGGAGCGUGCGAUGGAGAGCAAGUUAAGAGAAAAGGCCGCCCUGAUGGAGAAAGGCUUUCAGGAGAAAGCAAAUAGGAUGGCUUGGGAGAUAGACGAGUUAAAGAGGAAGAAUGCGGAGGCAGAGGAGAGAACCUCAAGAAAUUAUGCGCAGAUGAUAGAAGAUCAACGGCAAAGAAAUGAGCAGAACAUGGAGGCGUUGAGGCAGCAGCAUAGACAGCAGAUGCAUGCUAUUAACAGCAGACCCAAACGAUCAUCUUCAUCCUGUUCUAUACAAUAAAAUUUUUAAUAAUGUGUUUAUAGAUUUCUGAAUGCACACUUCCUAUAAUCUCCCCAGCUAACACAUGACGUCCUAGUUACGUAAUUUAUUUUUCAUUUUUGGUAAUUUCAUGACUAGCUGGCAACAUAACUGUUAGGUAAAUCCCUAAGUCGCUAGUACUGUCUCCUAACGUCGCGAGAUAACGCAAGAACAUCCAGUUACGUAAUACAUUUGUACUAUUUUGGUAAUUUCAUAACUUACUGGGAAUGUAACUGUUACGUCCCAUGGAGGUAAUUUCAUUACCAUUACAAUUAUAUAAAUAUUCAUAUUCUAUUAAGGAUAGUUAAAACUUUUCUGUCACAAAGUUUCCCUUAAAUAAGUCAAAAUAGAAUAGAUAUUUAACCACCUUACGAGCUGCUUUUUACAUGCAAAAAACAGCAUGUGCCUCCCACCGUCAGCUUAACUCAAUCAGAGAGCGUGACCGCGCGUGCACAGCACGGUGUUUGACAGGACCGGUCGUUUCCCUGAACUGAGACCCAAACACAAAACUUACCACCACAAAACUUUUAAUUCAUUUCGUUGUCACGACGUGCCCACGACAGGCAGAUUAAGUUGCGAAGUUACGGCCGAGGAGACAAAUCCAGAGAUUUUACUUUUCCGGUCGCCACGAUGUAAGUUUGGUCAUCAUAUUACGUGACGUUAUGUAACAGUUACCUGUUUGUGUUAGCUGGGUCACUAACAAUAGUUAAUCAGUUAAUCCAACAUCCCAAGAGCCCUGACUGUUAUCAACUGAAUAUUUAAUGACAGUGACUCAUCAGCAAAAUGCAAAGCAUAUUAGUAUAUAGCAUAUAUGUAUGAACAUGUGUGAUGUCACUGCUUGUUCACAAAUAAUUUUCAGUGGAUAAACAUAAAAGUCAAAGGAUUACUUCACUUUCAUAAAAAAUUCUGAAAAUGUUCUCACCCCCAUAUCUUCCAAGAUGUUUAUGUCUGUCUUUCUUCAGUGGAAAAGAAUGUUUUUUGAGGAAAACGAUCCAAGAUUUUUCUCUAGGACUUCAGUGGACCUCAACAUUGUGGUUUAAAAGUACUUAUUUUUAUUUUUUUGGUGAAAUUGACAAUGGUUUCACUAGAAAAUACCUUUUUGGUUGGGAUUGUUAAGAGCCAUUAAACCUGUAUUUAAACUGUAAACUGUUGAGGUCCACUAUAUGGAGAAAAAUCCUGGAAAGUUUUGCUGGGAUUUCCAUAAAACCUAAAUCAAUGGUUGGGUUUAAGAUUAGUUGUGGGGUUAGAAGAUUAGCUAAUCAGCUAGCAGUAUCAACAAAUAUGAUAAAAUGCUUAUGAAAAUGUCUCAAUUCAGUGUGAAUGGAUCUUUACUGUAUUACAAAGUUUGCUUGUUUUGAUCAAUUUGAACAUCAGACCAAAGCGUUUGAUGUAAUUCAGAUACAGUUAAUAAAUUAAAAGGACAUAAGCACAGUCUGGGAUGUCUUUUUUUCUUAACUCCUUGAUAGGUAGAUCUUCCUUUCAUUAAGAAUAUGAUCAAAGAUUGUGGGCUUAAAAAAGUGGGCGACCAUU